CACUUUUAUAAGUCUGUUAAACUAAAGCUUGAUAGGUUUAUUCAUGAACAUGCUAGAAGCUGUUACAGUUUUUUCUUGUAGUGCAAAUAUGUCUCUAAAGAUGUUUAUUUUGUUUCUAAUGUUAGACUUUGGAGUUUCAAAACAGGAUGCGGAAACGUUUCAACGCUACCCUCCGCCAUGGUCAACACAAGAUUUAGAAGACGUAGAUGACUUGGAUUCGAAUACUCUUGGAUAUUGUGCUGAGGAAAAUCACAGGUGUGGCCACACAGAACAGGAGUCAUAUAGCGGCCGAUGGGUGUACUGCUGUCCUGGUCUCUGGUGUUCGCCCGAUCCCAAGACGAGCACUGAUCUAUACAGCAUCACUUGUGCUAAAUUAACGGAUACGUUCACCGACUCGUGUUGGUACUACGAAUAUCCGUUUCAAAGAUCAAUAUGCAUCAGAGACGAAACUUAUCCUCCAUUACCAGUUGAUUACAAACGAUACGACCAACAUGAUAAAGUGAAACCUGAAUUCAAAGAUGAAAAUAUAAAUUAA